AUGACCACUGUCGCGUCCGGUGUCUAUUUCAUCAAGGCUUUCGCCGCACUCACUGUCCUGACCCUCCUUAAUGGCACGAUGGUCCAAGGCGACGCCAAGCGCGAUCUCACCGACCCCUCGGUGAUCUCGCAGCUGUGGGUCGUUGCCCAGGUCAACGGCACCAGUCUGUACACCAUCGAGAACGCACAGGGCGGUACAUUCUUGGACCUGCUGGGCGGCUCAAACGCGUCCGCCACGCCUGUCGUGGGAAAUUCGCAGUCUGGAACUUCUGUCCAGCAGUGGUCUUUCAUGCCCACCUCAGCCAAUACGACCUACACCAUAGUUAACUCUGCAACCAAUACGGUCAUCGACUUGUUGGCUGGGGGCACUGCCGACGGUACCGCCGUAAACGGCUGGGAGUACACUGGCCCGACCAACACGAAUCAGGUGUGGGACCUCGUCCGCGUUGGAGCUGCAGAGUUUACUCGCAACAAGUAA